AAGAGAAAGUGUUACGUCAUUCUAUGCAGGUUCUGAAGAAAAGCUACACUGAGAUACAGAAUAGUUUCUAUUUCCCAGCAGACUGAAACUGAAAGUACUCCAAGUUCACUUUAGAUUCCUUAAGGAGGAAGCCGAAGAGAGGAGCUUUAUGUCCCACCUGGAUACACCCUCCCAAGUACUGGUCUGCCCCAAGGACAGGAAUACUCCAACAGUGGCCCCAGCCAAGGCCAGCCCAACAGAAAUGGAGAUGUCCAGGGACUUGUAUGGCACCCCUGCUGAACAGCUAGAUGCCUUCGUGGCUCAAGCGCUCCAGCCCGACAGAGAGUGGAAGGAUGAGGUCAAGGAUGUCGUGAAGAGAAUGGAGAAAUUCUUUCAAGAGCAAUGCUUCCAGAACUAUAUUGUGAGGAACAAAGAAGUCAAGGUGAUAAAGGUGAUAAAGGGAGGUUCCUAUUCCAAGGGUGUAGACCUAAAACAGAGAUCUGAUGUGGACCUGCUCCUUUUCCUGAACUGCUUCUCCAGCUAUAAAGACCAGUACAUUCUCCGAGGUGACAUCAUUAAAUUCAUGGUGACAAAACUAAAGGAGUACCAAAGAAGCAUAGCUUAUGACAUUACCGACAUCUCAGAACACAAAUUCUUAAAAAAAUCUAUGCCUCCAAGAUCUCUGAACUUCAAUGUCCAAUCAAGAAAGAGGACAGAGCCCAUCCAUGUAGAUGUGCUACCUGUCUUCAAUGCUCUGGAGCAUGGUCCACGCUCUGAGGUCUAUGUAAACCUAAUAAAGGAAAAAGUCCUCACUGGAGAGUUCACUCCAUCCUUCAGUGAACUGCAGAGAAAUUUUGUAAAGCAUCGUCCUACCAAGUUGAAGAGCCUCCUUCGGCUAGUAAAGUACUGGUAUCGGCAGUAUGUGCAAGAAAAAUACUCAGGAGUGCCCCCAAAAUAUGCCAUGGAGCUGCUAACUAUCUAUGCAUGGGAGACAGGAACCCAACAAGCUGAAAAUUUCAGUCUAGCUGAAGGAUUUGUCACUGUGAUGGAGUUGGUGAAGGAUUAUAAGAGUAUCUGUAUCUACUGGACUGCUUAUUACAAUUUCAACAAUAAAGUGGUCAGCCACUUUGUGAAAAAGCAGCUGAAGUACAUAAGACAAACCAAGGCAAAAAAAAGGCCAGUCAUCUUGGACCCAGCAGACCCCACCAACAAAGUAGGAAACAGAUCCAAGUGGGACCUGGUAGCCACCGAAGCCACAUACUGCCUCAGCCAGGCCUGCUCUCAAACAAAAGAUGGAGAGAGCAUCUCGAGCUGGAAUGUAAAGGGAGCAAGAAAUAUACAAGUAACUCUAGACUGUCCUGGUUUCAAGGCUUGGACAUACUGUGUGAAUCCCUAUGAUCCUAUCCAAGAAAUAAAAAAGGAGAUUGAAAAUGUUACAAAGGUCCCUGUAGCUGAUCAGCGGCUCUCCUUCAAGGACCUCAAGAGAAAGCCCAAGAUAUUGAUGGGACACAGCACCCUGGCAAAAUACGAGAUCUUCUAUCCAAUCAAAAUUCAAGUGGUGAUCAUCAGUUCUGCCAGAUUCAAAAUCCAUGUGAAAUUUCCUGAUGACACCCUCCAUUCCUACCCCUUCAAAUACGAAGAUACUUCCUUGAUGGUGAAACAACAGAUUGGAGAGCAAGAAGGGACCCCUGUGAGAAAGCAGACCCUGAGAUUCCAAGGUCAAUUACUUCGGCAUAAGAAGUACCUCAAAUCCUAUGGCAUUAAAGCUGGUGACACCUUGGAGUUAGAGUUGUGGCCCAGGAAGAAAAGAGAAGAGGUGUUGGUAGAAGCUUAGAAGCCAGGGAGACACACUCCCACUCUCCUCCUCUUCUUCCUCCUCCUCCUCCUGCCCUAGGUGCUCAUUUCCCCUUCCUUAUCAGUGUGGGACAUGCCAGUAUCUCUCCUGAAUGUUGGACUGAGAUAAUUCUUUCCCAGCUAUGGUAUAAGAAGUCCAGACUAAACAAGAACUUAUAUCCAAAGCUUCACCUGGGCUAUCAAUGCCCUCCAGCAAGUACCUGCCUAGCUGACUGUCCUCAGUUAUAAUUUUGGAGGAGGAGGUGAAAAGAAAGAGGAGUUUUCCAUUUCAACCUGGUAUCUUUUAAAAUGGAUUCUUUUAAUCUCUUCUUUUUUACCUUCCAUCUGAAAAUAUAUACUAAGAAUCAGUUCCAAAGCAGAACAGUUAGGCAAUUGGGGGUAAGUGACUUGCCUAGGGUCACACAGCUCCUUUUAAUCUCUUCUUAAAUUGAGGUUUGUUCAGAAGAACUUUUUCAUUCUCAAGCCUGAAAUUCCCCAAAUGACCCAACUUGGGCCUGGCCCAGAAUAGAGUGAAAGGAGUCCAGGAUUCUAGGCCUGGACCUGCCCUUUUCAGCUGCCCUCUAAGAAGAUCCUCAGUGCUGAUUCUCUUGCUCUUUGCAUUUAUUUUCUACCCUGAUCUCACAUGAGAAAGGGACACUUCAGUAUCAGCCUCUACAGAAGUCCUGGACGAAUAUGUUGGACUGUGUCUCUCCAUCCAUUGUUUGCUCUAUAGAUUAAUCAAAUUUGUCUCAUUUCAGACAUCUUGUGGGUAUUUCUGGCUUCUUGUGUAGAACACGAGACAUCAGGUAGGCAAGAAGCGUAAUAGACACCAGAGAGCAGAAAGGAUCAUGGGGGGGUUGGGGGGGGAGGAAUCUGUGUUCCAUGGGGCCAUAUGUAAUUUGGUGUACACACACCAAUUCAUAAUGAAGGCCUAGAGAAGACUCAAGGGAUAUGGUACGUGUUUAUUUGGGUUUAUGUUUUGGGGUUUUGGUUUUGUAAAAUUAAUUACUUACAAAAAUGAAUAAAUAUAGAAACAUAUUUUAUAUGGCAAUACAGGUAUAAUGUAGAUUGAAUAUUGCUUGUCAGCUCUGGGAGGGGGGAGGGAAGAAAGGAGGGAGACAAUAUGGAUCAUAUAACUUUGGAAAACUUAUGUGGAAAUUUGUUAUUAAAAUAAAAGUUUCUUUAAAUUUUUUUUCAAAGAGGGAUGCACUAAAUUGACUAAUUAAAUACAUUUUUCAAAAUAAAAGUUCAACUCAAGUGAAAAGAAAAAGAGGGAUGUACAGUGGAAUUGUGUGUUAGCUACGGGAGGGGAGUUGGGAGAGGGGAGGGAAAAAACACCAAUUUUGUAACCAUGGAAGAAUAUUCUAAAUUAAUUAAAUAAAAUUUU